ACCCUAAGCUAACGCGUUUGCAGUGACAUGCAGCGGUAGGAGAGGGUCAACAUGGUAGAUGCGUGUAUGUGUGUUCAGCGGUGCCGUGCGUCGCUGAGUCAUCUGUGAGGUUUAUUAUGAGCGCAGCUAGGCUGGGCUGUAGAGCCUUCACCUGGCGCUUCGGUCAACGCGGCGUGGAGCUUUUUAGGACCAUGGCUACGAACGUGAGGAAGACCAAGCCGCCGAAGGACACGUUACGGCAUGUGAGGAUGAGGGAGCACCGGAGACCCGGGGAGCAGCGUGGCCCGUCCACGGCCUACGUCCAGGUUGUGGGUGCUGGGAGCCGGGAUAACGGAGCAUCGCUGUACGUCUUCUCCGAGUACAACCGAUACCUGUUUAACUGUGGGGAAGGGACCCAGAGAGUGAUGCAAGAAUACAAACUGAAGGCAGCUCGCUUGGACAAAAUCUUUCUGACCAGGAUGAGCUGGGCUACUGUGGGAGGUCUGUCAGGAAUGAUCCUCACUCUUAAGGACAUCGGGGUCCCUGAGUGUGUCUUGUUCGGACCACCACAGCUGGAGAAAUAUCUGAAUGCAAUUCAAGUGUUCUCAGGGCCGCUAGAUGAUAUCAACCUGUCCAUGAGAGCCUGCAAUGAGCCGGACUUUAAAGAUGACACCAUGACUGUCAGUCAAGUGCCCAUCUAUGCUCAGCAUUUAGGGCAGACAGUGAGGCAUAGCAGCAGUCCGAGCAGUUCCAGCUCCAGCCAGUGGAGGGAGCUCUGGCAACCUGAGAAUUGUACUGACAGCAGAGCGACACAGCCAGGAAGCUCAGAAGGCAGAGGCAGAUCAGCGAGGGCCUCCUCUCUGGUGGUGGCUUACGUCUGUAAGCUGCAUCCAAAAAAGGGGAACUUCCUGGUGCAGAAGGCCAAGGAGCUGGGCCUACCUGUGGGAACUGCUGCCAUUGGACCAUUCAUAUCUGCCUUAAAAGAUGGCAAAAGUGUAACCUACGAAGGGAAGGAGAUCCACCCGGCGGAAGUGUGCACGCCUUCAGACCCGGGCCCCGUGUUCCUGGUCAUCGACUGCCCCUCUGAGGAGUUCCUACAGCCCCUCUGCACCAAUCCUGUCCUCGGAAGAUAUCAGGUUGGGGGUACGGAGGACAGCGCCACCCUGGUGGUGCACAUGACGCCGGAGGCAGUGUUGAGGACAGAGGAGUACCAGCACUGGAUGGAGAGGUUCUCUUCCGGUACAGAGCACCUGGUCAUGAACGAGCAGGUGUGUACCAUUCACAACAUCAGAAGCUACAAGAUCCAGACGCAGCUGCACAUGAUCCACGCUGACAUCUUCCCUGAGCUCCAGCACUAUAGAACCACGGAGACCCAGGUUCCACUGCACGUGCCCAGUGUGAGAGCAGAGUGUCUCCUGAAGUACCAGUUGAAGCCCAAAGCCGAGUGGCAGCGAGAUGCCAUCGUCUCCUGUAACAAGGAGGAAUUUGCUCAGGAAGCUGCAGAGGUUCCAGGCUUCCUGCAGGAGGUGGAGAGAUGCAGACAGUUCCAGGCUACAGAUUCUGUCGUGCAGUCUGCAGGCGAGGUGGAGAGGUAUCCUGAGGUGGUGUUUCUGGGUACUGGAUCAGCUGUGCCCAUGAAGAUCAGAAAUGUCAGUGGAACUCUGGUCAAUAUCAGCUCUUCUCACUCUGUGCUCUUGGAUUGUGGAGAGGGCACCUUCGGUCAGAUGUGCCGUCACUAUGGCAACGAUGUGGACGAGGUGUUGUCCAAGUUAUCCACGGUGUUUGUGUCUCACAUGCAUGCGGACCAUCACACAGGCUUGAUUAACGUGCUGCUGCAGAGGGAGCGAGCACUAAACAGUCUGGGGAAGUCCUUCACUCCUGUUUACCUGAUUGCGCCCACUGCCAUCAUGACCUGGCUCAGUCAGUACCACGACCACUGCCAGGAGAUCCUCAGUCACAUCAACUUCAUUCCAGCGAAGAGUCUGAGUGCGGGAGCUGCAGUGCCGCAUUUUAAGACCAAGACCUGCAUUCAGACCAUCCUGCAGAAAACCGACCUGACUAAGUUUCAGACAUGUCUGGUCAGGCACUGUAAGAAUGCAUUUGCGUGUAGUCUGACCCAUCAGUCUGGCUGGCAGCUGGUGUUCUCCGGAGACACCAUGCCCUGUGAUGCCCUGGCGGACAUGGGAAAAAAUGCAACACUGUUGAUUCAUGAAGCCACUCUGGAGGAUGGAAUGGAAGAGGAAGCCAUAGACAAAAGACACAGCACGACCUCGCAGGCCAUCAACGUGGGGAUGAAGAUGGGGGCGGAGUUUAUCAUGCUGAACCACUUCAGCCAGAGGUACGCCAAGAUCCCCCUGUUCAGCGACAACUUCAACCAGCGCGUAGGAAUCUCCUUCGACCACAUGAGGAUCCGGCUGGGAGAUUUCCAGAUCCUUCCACGACUGCUGGCGCCCCUGAGGGUCUUGUUUGCUGAGGAACUCGAGGAAAUGGAGGAGAAGAGAGGAAGAAGAGAACUGAAGUCAGGGAAAACUUUGGAGGUGGAGUCUAACUGGAAGGCAGAGAUAUGUGCAGGAAAAAGAGGUGGGGACAGCAGAGAUCAGGAGGAGCUUAACCAGUUAAUGACCUCAAAGAGGCUGAAGGCCAACUGAGCUUCGAGCCAGAGAGAGGCGGGUCACAGAACUGCUGGGACAGAGCUGUAGCUGGCUGAGCUAAUAGAUAUCAGGUGACCUGUGACCCAACCGAUGAGGAGCCUCGGCAUGUUUUCAGUUUUUCAUGAAAUCCUUAGUUUGAGUAUGUGACGAGAGCAUGAGAGUGGUUGGCACACUGCUGCCCCAACGCGAGGAGAUGCCACCACAUGACACCUUCCACACCCUGGGGCUUCCCACAUCAGCCACGGUAACUGACAGGAGCUCUCAGGGGCAGUGGGAGGGGCUUAGGACAUGCACCGGAGCCUCUGGGGCAGUGGGAGGGGCUUAGGACAUUUAUUGCUGAUGUAACCCCUGUGUUUUCUUACUAUUGUUUGAGUGAUUGGUUAUUGAUCAGUUGAUCUCUAGUUUGAACAGGAUGGUUUUCCUUUUCUGAUCGCUAAUGCAUAUUUUCUGUGUGUAAUAUUAUUUACAUAAAGCUAAGCUCUUUUCUGUUUUAAAAAAAUAAAAAUAUACAUCUGAAUUAAAGUUAGUAUUCAGAGAUGAUUAAUGAUAACAUUAAGGGGCAUUUACUAAAUGUAGCUGUUUCCUGCAUUUCCUGAAUGUAUUGUCAGUCGGAAUAAUUAAAACCAUGAAUGACUAGUCAUAAUCCA